CGAUGUUGUGCCGUGUAGGGGUCGAAUUCACAAAGCUUUUCGUUCGCAGGUGCAAAUUGCAGUUGGCCCAUCACUUUCGUUAAUAACAUGUCCGAUAUUCAAAUUCGUACGCGUCAGCCCCUACGGACAGUUUUACCGUAAGAACGUUUUUGUGAAUACGGGCCGUGAAGGGCGCGUGCUUCACUUUCUUCGUGCUUCUUUCGCCACUGUCGAACGCGGUUUACUCGCCGUCGAGCCCUUCAUGAGACGUCGAAGACGAAGAAACGAAAGUGUCACAAGGGAAGCUUGACGAGGGUUUUUACAAGCCGUUCUCGCUCCGUCAUUGCAUCACAGACGGUUUUAACAGCGCGCGCGCGCGCGCGCGAACCCGGCGCCUUCGUCGCUCGCGCCGGCGCGUCACGCGACUUCGCCGGCCGUGAGCACGUGACGACAGCUUUCGGGGACCGCCACGGCAGGGCGCAUGCGGCCAAGCCUCGACCGGGCCCUGGACAGGCAUCGCCAUCCGUCGGCGGCGAGCUACUCUCCAAGACCUCGCGAAGGUCUCCGCUGCCGGACCGCGUGUGCGAGCGUGUGGCUGAGCCUUAUCCCCAACGCGUGCAUGAGAAGCGAAGAGUCGAGCGCAUUGCCUCUUCUCCUGCGAGACGUGUAGCGUACUCUUACUCCGUGUGGUGCUCCUUAUUAUUAUUUUUCGCUCUCUAUAUCUCUCUUCUUUACGAAGCUCAGCGGGAAAUUACACGCAACUGACUGUCGUCACCUGCACAGACCACGCUGGGAUUUUCUUUUUCUGCCGUGAUCGCCGUGGCGGACGACCGAGCGAAGUUUCCAUCACACCUGCUUUUGAGCAUCACCGGAAGUUCCCGGCUGUUUCAGCAUUGCGCGUCACAGACCCGGAGGCAGCAGCCGUCCUUAUCGGCAUCGAGUGUCGAAGGCCGAAACAGUGUGGAGCCGAAAAGCGGGAUUCGGGCGGUGCAGUGACAAGGAGAGGUGACAAGAGGUGACAAGCGGCGCCCUCAAAAGCAGUCCACCAUGAGCAGCGACAAGUCAAACGAGUCCCUCCGCAAAGAGGAACCCCUACCUACAGAGGGCGAGGAAGAGGACGACGAAGGCACCGUGUCGCUACCCGACGACCGGGACGGAGCCGUGGAGCUACCCAGUCCCCCGGACGGUGGUUACGGAUGGGUCAUCGUGUUCGCCUCCUUCAUUUGCUUCGUCAUCGUCGACGGCAUCAUCUUCUCAUUCGGCAUCUUCCUGCGCGAAUUCGCCACCACCUUCGGCGAAUCCAAGGGGUCCACGGCCUGGGUGGCUUCCAUACAGACGGGUUGCUACCUGCUUGCUGGCCCAGUGGCUGCGGGCCUGGCGAAUGCCUUCGGAUGUCGCCCCGUGACCAUUGGCGGCAGCCUACUUGCGGCUGCUGGCUUCUGCGGUGCACUUUUCGCACAAAGCAUCCUGCAGCUCUACAUCACCAUCGGACUCUUUAGCGGCAUUGGCUUCGGGUUCAUUUUCCUACCUGCUGCCGUUAACAUCAGCUUCUACUUCGAGAAGAAGAGAGCCUUCGCCACGGGCAUCGCCGUCUGCGGUUCCGGAAUAGGGGGCUUCCUGAUGGCGCCCUGUUGUCAGCUACUGGUCUCCGCAUUCGGUUGGAGAGGUUCCAUGCUCAUCCUGGCGGGCAUGACGCUGAACUGCUGCGUGGUAGGUGCCUUGUUCCGGCCGAUAGAGGAGACGCAACCCAAGUCGGAGCCCGUGCCACUAAAGCCUCUGCUACUGCGCAUAAAGGAAGCCCGCGACGCCAUGACCAAGUGGGAUUCAGAAGAGGACGGCAUCGACGACACGCUCGUUACCGGUGGUGGGCCGCGCCGCAAGCACAGCUGCCCUCCGCCCCGCAUCGCCCACGACGUCAUCCUGAACAGCGAAGAACGCAGCGCUUCCAGCUCCACCAGCGGCAGCAACAACAGCCCACCUCCGCCCUACUCCGAAGCCGUCAAGGCUGAGCAGCAGUUUAGCUGCUGCCACAACAACAACCAGCUCCGGGUCGAGCACAAACCUGCGUACCAGGCUCCUCCCGUUCUUCGAAAGCUGUCCUUCACCAAGAGCAACAACAGCAGGACACGUCGAAUGACGGCGCCCGAAAUGAGGCCCUUCUACCGCCAGGACAUCCUGUUCAGCGCCAGCCUUCUGCGCAUUCCGGAGUACCGCUCACAGAGGGACAUCGGCUCGUACCACCAGAGCAUCGCCAACCUGCCCAAGCAGGGACCGCACAAAACGUGGGGAUGCCUCUCGCCGGAGAUGACCGACACUCUGACGCAGAUGCUCGACGUCUCGCUCCUGACGAGCCCUACAUUUGUGACUCUGGCCGUGUCCGGAUUCCUGACCCUGGCGGGCUUCUUCGUUCCUUUCAUGUACAUCGUAGACAAGGCCAUCUUGUCGGGCAUCUCACCGGACAAGGCCGCUUUCAUCUUGUCUGCCAUCGGCAUCACCAACACGGUGGGCCGCGUGUUCUCCGGCUGGGUGUCCGACCGGCCUCAGGUGAACGCCCUCUUCAUCAAUAACGUUGCCCUCACUGUGGGCGGCGUCGCCACGGCGCUAUGUCCCUUCUUCGAGACCUACACGAUGCUCCUCGUCUACAGUGCCGUGUUCGGUUUCUCCAUAGCUUGUUUUGCCGCCCUUCGUUCUAUAAUUGCUGUCGAAAUGUUCGGAGUCGAAAAACUCACGAAUGCAUUCGGACUACUACUGCUAUUCCAAGGUGUGGCUUCUGUCAUCGGUUCCCCAGUCGCCGGUAUCUUUUACGACCUGACGGGGACAUACGACGCUUCCUUCUACGUCGCCGGAUCGGUCAUCACGCUCUCAGGUCUCAUGUGCCUCCCACUUCCCUGGAUUUCGCGCUGGGAGAGACGCCGAAAAGAGGCCGCCGCUCCCCAAUUACCCACCAUCAUAACGACGACCGUGGAAGGGGACAACGAAGGCGAGGAGGUCACGCUCAACCCUCAUGGUGCCUGCGCCAGCGAGGACUGCGAAGCCGGGCUAGCGGCCACCUAGGAUCGAGCCUGAUGAUUUCGCCACGGUUUCGGACAGGGACCGAAAGGAAAGCGACAACCAAAGACAAACUCGACCCCGCGCAUACUCACUCAGGAAGGUCGGCCUGCGCCGCUCGUUCCGUCGACCAAUCUACAGCUGUGGUGGGUGACACGUCCGGACGCCGUUGUGCCUUCGGAACCACUGGGGCAGAUUGUGUCGUAUGCUGCCACCAUACGUUCGCGGGUGUUUCUGGAAGAGCUCUGUCGGACGCUCGGAAAACGGAAGGCGACUUCGUCGAAUGGAGCCGUCCCGAGUGUCUGGCGACGGGAACAUUCCGCCAGCGUCUGCAAACCUUCGGAAAAGGAGGCGUUUCAGGCUGUUCAGAUGGGUGUACUUCAUCGUCUACUACUUCCGUGCUGCGACUAAUAGGUGCGCGCGUUCGUUGAGUGACGUGGUGUGCAUUCCAGGAUUACUGCGAAUGCCUGCUGGGUGGCUCUAGUGCCAACGUAAGUGUCUAAGAAGCAGAACGUGUGCCAAACUGUCGUGGCGCUGUGCUGAAGUGAGUCCGCAUGCGGCGCUGUUCCGUGAGUGAGUCCAUGCGCCUUCAGCAUACUGCAGACACCGAGGAGUCCGCACAUUCCUUCCGAGUCACAGACGUUCAGCCUCGAAAGUGGAAAGGAGAAAGAGUUGUUGCUGCACCGGUCACAAAGGCGUGCAGGAUUACGCGCUCGUUAAGUCAAAUUGUGCCAAUAACCAGCCGAGAGACGGAGUCGUAUGGCAGCAACAUCGCUUGCCGCAACAGCGUCGGACGGCGUACUUCCUGCUUACGAUAGGAGAUGGGAUACUGCGACUAGUGCACAACCUUCGUCUCAUUCUUGUGCGGUCUGUGUCGGUACUAGUACACUGUAGUGUCGGCGUGAGUGGCGGAGGCAGUGCUUGUCACACGUUGAGUCAUUUCCGGGACGCACCAGGUUAUACGCACGUAUGGUGAUGGAUGGCCGAGUGCUCUUCGGACGCAGUCAUUUCUUGCACACGCUUGUAAGGACGAAUGUUAGAGCAUGCUCUUGCCAUCGAUUCUUCAUUGUUAUCAAUUUUAGUAUUUUCACUUGGUUCUAACUACACGGCUAUCAUAACAGUUUGUGAAUGACUACUUGGUAAGCUCCAGUAAUAUGGUAAUGGCGUACCUUUGUUUUACCUAGCCAUCGGCAAUCGGUGCCAAAAAUUGAAACCAUUAAAAAAUUCGUGUCAGUAUAAAAUGAAGAACCAAGGAAAGUCCACAUGAGCACAAUAUGCUUAGCUGUUUGAGGUAAUUUGGGCUUCACAUAUUCAUUCAUAUGCACCAUCACACCUCCAUAAAUACUGUAGAGUUAUGGGUCUUUAAAUCACAAUUUUAAUUACUACUAUUCUGGUGUGUUUCCUUUUUUUUAUUGCAAACAUGGUACCAUUUCAGAUUUAAAAGGAUCUCGCUGAAAAAAAAAAAGUUCAAACUAUACAUUUUUGUCCAUCUGUAGCAACGCAUCCAUUGCGUUACAGGUGCUCUUAGUAUUUAGGCCAAUCAUAAUGUUUUAGCUGCAUACUCCGACACGAUACCCAACCAAUUAUUUCAUAACUUGUGAUUGUCAGUAUUCCAUUUGUAAUAAUUACCACAGACCACCGCUGCGAUCACAUCAGGACAGCUACAUAAGAGAAGUAACAAGUGCGAAUUCAUAUCAAAAAUAACGCCUUAAUACUGAUCUGUGAUUUUAUGUUCAGCCUUAGUGUCUCUGUCAACUAAUGAGCAAAAAAAACUAAUAAUCGACGGAUUUCGGUAAUAGUGUUGAUACUUGUAAAGUCAAUGUAUUUCUCGAUAAACUAAAUCAUAAAAAGUUAAAUUGUUGGGCUUUAGGUGCGAUAAACGCGACAUGAUUAUGAGGCAUGCCGUAAUGAGGGGCUCCAGGUUAAUUUUGAUCACCUGGGGUUCUUUAAAGUGCACCCAAUGCACGGUACACGGGCGUUUUUGCGCUUCAACACCCACAUAACCUUCGCAGGAGUGACUGCAUGCAUGUCCCAUACUCAAAUACCGACUGCCAUAUGGAGCACAGUGACUCCCGAAAAGCACUUAAAUGGGAGACACACAGUUAACCAUGCACAACGGAGUUGGCAGCGCUUUUGCGAAGUAAUUCAAUAUAAUUCACAGCCAAUGCUGGAUGCGGUUCUUCAAAACAGACUCGAAGUUGAAGCUCAGCUGGUUUUUCGCUGCAGUUCCAAGAUAUCUUCGUAUAGCACUACCUAAAGCAGUCGUUCGUUGCUUCAAACGUCGACGCCACGUGGUCUCGUCAUUUUUUAUUGCGAUAGCAAUUAUAUGGACACUUCAACCGGAUUUCUGCCCUCGGCGUCGCCGUCAUCGUCGCCGUCGCCGUGAGGUUCCGUAUAGAUUCCAAGGGUGAUAAAAUCGUCGCCGCGUGCCGUAUGCGCGAGCGAAAGCGUGCGGAAGACGUGCGCUAUCACGGAGGGCGAACUCCCCCGCACGCUAUCACGGAGAGCGAACGCACGGCGGAAAGCAAACGCGACCGUCGCGCGAUAGGCCAUGGGGGUAUGGGAGGGAGGGAGGCGGGGCGGCGCUGUGAUCCGGCACCAAAGGCGUAUCUUGCCACUCAAUCUCCCACGUGAAAGCAAGAAACGGGAAGAGGGCGGGGGGGGGGGGGGGGGCAGCUUCUCCUCUGCCAACAACUUCUCUGCACUUUGCCCGCCGGUGCCGGUCGCCCGCACCGUCUCUUAUCUCCACACGGCUCUGACCUUUGUACGCGCUGUGCAUUCGCCGCUCAGUUUCCAUUGAAGCGAUAGACCGCGCGAACCUGCGCUUGCUGCCAGCGUUUUGACAGUCGUUGGCUGCGGUCAUUCAGCGUGAUCUAUUCAUGUUUGCUUGUGCACGCUGACAUCACGGUUGUUAAUUCAGUAAGUAGGCCAAUGUGUCCAAGUUUAUGCAGCCGAUAAAACUACUAUCCCUACUCCGAAUAGCUCUCUACUAAUUUGCUAUCGCAAUCGAUGCUUCGCCUUUCGGGCGAAACUGCGACAUUUUUUUCUGUCUCUCUUUUAUUCAUUCCGGCUUCAGCGUUCGAUCUUUCGUGUUUACAAGGCGUGCCACAUCUUUGUCAACUUAAAGCAUCCACGCGUAACAGAAGCGUGGCAAUUGUACAUAAGCCGAGACUGUUUGAUUAAAACAAGUCAAGCAAACAGCGA